AACUUUAUUGUUCCGUACGUCGCCUGCCUCAGUAUUGCUGAGCUGAUCCUAGUGUGAAAAAUAACGAGAAACAAAAAGGAGAAAUUCUCAAAAUUUCAUUGCUGCGCGGGAAAGUCAUUGUGCAGAAACUAAAAUCUAUUUCCAUACGUAGGAUCGCAUGAGUUCAAUUAAAAAGUGCAGAGUGGCAGUGCAUUCACCGAGAGAAAAACCAACAGAUUUUCAAAUCGUUAGUCGUACACUCAAUAGUAAAGAAGUGGGAAGAGACAACAGAAUUUUUCAUAAAAUAUUUUUCGUAGAAAGGAAUUAAGCGGCAUAGAAAGUACUUCUAACUUUGUUAAUGAUUAUUUUCAAUUUAUAAAUUAUUUUAUUAACUGAUUCGAGCCAAAUAUUUGGUUGGUCUUGAAAGUUGAGUGAUUAUUCACAUGUGAAACUCUCAAAUUUGAAUGAUAUGAUAAUUAUGUAAUAAUUUUUUGUCACUCGGCCCGUGAGGCAACGCUUCACGACCGCUACGCAGUCCUAGACCCCUGCCUAUGAAUUCAAUGACCAAAAAUAUUGUUCGUCAUACACGGCCAAGAAAAAUUUCUCUAACGAUUGUAUUCGAAUUGCUGGUGAUUGUGAUUUCUCACAAUCGCCAGAAAAGUUCCUAACAGAAUCUGUUUGUUUUUCUCUGAGUGUACGGUGGUGACGUCCGGGAAAUUUUAAUCUGCAACUGAGGAUAAUGCAUUGAUAGAGUAACAGUUGAAUGAAUAAAAUUGCUCAUCCACAAUCCUCAGAGAGGAAAUCCGUAUGAUUCUCCACUACGAGAUCAAGUUCAAGGGAAAGAAUACCUGGAUUUUUUCCAUCGAAAGCGUGAGGAAUCAAAAUUUUGCAGAACUGUUCACGCCAACGAUGAAACGAGUAGGCACGGGUAAAAGCUCGAAUGCCCAGUCGCCUGAAACCCAUCGACUGUUCAUUGAGACCAACUCACGAAAAUAAAUAGCAGAGAUCAAGCUGGGUGUAAAAUCGAUGGAAAAAUUCAACAAAUGCAUCGCCUAAUGGUUCCUUCAGAAUUGUGCGAGUUACAACGAUUUUAUUCCCUCCUGCCUGGAAAUUUGGACUAAGGCAUCCGUCAUGCCAGAGUACCUCAAGUGACAAUGGCUUCAGAGAAGCAUAAAAUGAAGCUGUCAAAAAGCAUUUUGGAAAUGAAGUUCAUGAAACGAACAAAGGAGAAGGUCGACCAACAGUUAUUUCAAACUGAAGGGGAGGAGUAUUUCGAGAACCAGUUGACGACGAGAUUGAAGAAAGAAUCAGGACAAUACCUAAUCGAGCCGAGUUUCGUGGAAUGCGAGAAACUGAUAGAAGGACGCUUGAGUUUCCAAGGGAUGAAUCCGGAGGUUGAAAAACUCCUGGCAGCGGAGGACAACGAAAAACGUGCAAAACUGGAAAAGCUUAAAGAAGAAAUAUCCGAAAACCAAAUGGUUAAUCACUACAAAGCCUGUAAUCCCACUAUGAGGAACAGGAAUAAAAAAAGAAGAACAUGGGUGCACCCAAGUGAACGUAAUGGAAAGCAGAAUUCGAAAAAGACGAGAUUUAUGAAGCCUCCGGAUGUUUGAAUAAAGAGUGCAAAUUAAUUAUUGUGGAAUUUACUACUAUUAUUAAUCAUUAUGGAUAUGCUCCCAAUUCGUUUUGGCUGCCCAAAAAUAUGUUAUACAACACAAAUUAGAGUUUCAUUACAUGUGAAUGAGUUGCGUAUUGUCAGACCACUGAGUGGUAUCCAUAAUAUUGUUUAACGAUAAUUAUAUCAUUACUCAUUAGCAGUUCUAUUAUAUCCGAGUACAAGAGAAAUUUA